AUGAUCAAGUGUUUUUGUGUUGGUGCCAAGAAAGAAGCUGAUUAUAUUCGUAAAUUGGGAGAGAAUUUGGAGUUACUGAAAGAGAAAUGGAAAGAUCUUCGAAGCAUGAAAGAGGAUUUAAAGAUAAGAGUUGAUGAAGCUGAGAACACAAGACAAAUGCAACGAACACAUGAGGUCGAUAGAUGGCUCACAAAAGUUGACAACAUUCAACAGGAAAUAAUAGUUAUUGAAGCUCAAGAAGCUAAAGAAAUGAAAGAGAAAUGUCUAAGUAAAUGUUGUCCGAAGCAUUGUAAGUCAAACUACAGGCUAGGAAAGAAAGCUGCUGAGAUGCUAGAGAAUGUAGAUCAGCUAGCAACAGAAGGCAAAAGGUUUAGCGAAAAUCUUCAAAUUGCUCACACAAUACCGCUCACGUCAAUUGAGAUACCUCAAGAUGAAGUAGUGGGAUUAGAUUUGAUGUUUGAUAAGGUAUGGAAGAGCAUUGGAGAAGAAAAUGUUGGCAUCAUUGGUUUACAUGGGAUGGGCGGGGUGGGAAAGACUACCUUGUUAAAGAGAAUUAACAAUGAACUUGGAAAGAGGAGGCAAGAAUUUGAUUUUGUGAUGUGGGUGGUGGUGUCAAAAGAGCCCAACUUGGAUAGUAUUAUGGAUAAUAUUAGAAAAAAGGUCGGGAUCAGGGAUGACAUUUGGAAUUGCUGUAGUAAUCAAGUUGAAAAAGCAGCAAAGAUUUAUAUGGUCCUCAAGCCAAAGAAAUUUGCCUUAUUAUUGGAUGACAUGUGGGAUAGAAUGGACUUGGAAUUGAUGGGCGUGCCGUAUCCAAGGGAAACUAAUUUUCAAUCCAAAGUGUUACUCACAACUCGGUCAGAAAAUGUGUGUGCAAAAAUGCAAGCUGAAAGAACAUUCAAGGUAGAAACUUUGACAGAUGAAGAAGCCACAAAGUUAUUUUACAUGAAAGUUGGUGAGGACACUUUGAGAUCAGACCCUGGUAUUCCAAAGCUUGCAGAGAAGAUGGCUAAAGAAUGUAAAAGAUUACCGCUUGCGCUGAUUGUGGUAGGAAGUGCCAUGGCUGGAGUGAAAAGUGCGGAGGCUUGGGAACAUUCAAUACAGAACUUAACAAGUUCUUUACUAACUGCACCUGAUUUGGAGAAGAAAGUAUUCUCCGUUCUUAAAUUUAGCUACGACCGAUUGGAUGAGGUCCAAAAGCGUUGCUUCUUGUAUUGUGCAUUGUACCCAGAAGAUCGUGAGAUUCCAGUUCUCACUCUCAUCAACAAAUGGAUGAUCGAGAAAUUUUUUUGCAAAGAUGUGACAAUGAGUGUGCAAGAUAUGUAUGGUCAUGGUGAGUCUAUUAUUGAAAAGUUGAAGCUUUCGUGCUUAUUAGAAAGUGUUGAAGAUGAUCGUUUUGUACUUGAUGCAGUUAAAAUGCAUGAUAUGAUUUGUGACAUGGCACUUUGGAUAGCACGUGAUCAAGAUAAUGUGGAAUUUAUGCAAAGCGUUUCAAUCAUGGAUUAUUGGGAAUCACAAAAAAUCCGAGAUCCUCCAAAUGCCACAACAAUAGUUUUAUUGGAAGAUAAUGAGGCCUCACGUCUACAAGAUAUUAAAUAUAUGAAGAGAUUGAAAGUCUUGGACAUACAAGUUAGUGGACCAUUAUUUAGCGACAUUGAGGGUCUAGCUUCUCUGGAAUAUCUUUCUGUGGUCAAUGACAAUAGUCUAGAACCGGAGUUUUUGAAUAACGUGCGGUAUUUGACAAAUUUGAAGCUUCUUAGCUUGCAAGCACUCGACAAGAGAUGUCCUUUUCCAUUGGGAGUGCUAUCUAGUCUUCAAGAAUUAAGAGUUGUUAGACUGUCCAGGAUAAAUUAUUCAGAAGAGAGAGGUAUUUUAGAAGAGGUGGAGUGCUUACCAAAUAUUGAGGAAUUAUGGAUAGCAAUAAGGAGUAAAGAUGGUCUGAAGAAAUUAUUGGAGUCAACCAAACUGCAGAGUUGCAUAUACGGCCUUCAUAGUAGUGUCUCCUAUGAGAUUGAUGAGAUGACUUUAUUGGCAUUCUUGUCAAAAAUAAAGCAGCUGCGGGUAUUUUUUGCCAAAAAGUUGAAUAUUAGAAGAGAGCAAUAUUCUUUUCUUUUUGAUACAGGUUGUCUAACCAAGCUCCGGCAUGUGUUAAUUCAUUCAUGUUCAAUAACUCAUGCGACAUGGCUCAAGUAUGCUCCACUCCUUCGACAACUUAACAUUUCUAAUUGUGAGUCAAUGGAAGAAGUGAUAAAAGCAGAAGAUGAGGACUGCUCAAUUAAAAAAAAUGAGAAUGUGGAUUCUUCUUCUUCUAUAUUCUCUUCUCUUGUCACACUGCAUUUGUAUAGCUUAUCAAGACUUGAGAGCAUUCACAAGGCACCCUUGCCUUUUCCUUAUCUCAUAUCCAUUGACAUAUCCAAGUGUCCAAAGCUGAACAAGCUACCACUCGAUUCCAACUCUGCCAAACAUAAGUUGACACAUAUCCAAGGACGUCAAGAUUGGUGGGACAAGUUGGAAUGGGAUGACCCCGCAGCAAAGCACAAAUUCCAAUCAAAGUUCAUAGAUCGCUCUUCAUUUAUGAGAGAUUGA